UUCCCGUGGCGCUGCCGCUGCGAUGCCGGAAAAGCGGCCCUUCGAGCGGCUCCCGACCGAAGUGCGCCCCAUCAAUUAUGGGUUGUGUCUCAAGCCCGACCUUAUCGACUUCACCUUCGAGGGAAAACUCGAGGCCGCCGUAGAGGUGAAGCAGGCGACCAAUCAAAUAGUGAUGAAUUGUGCUGACAUUGAUAUUAUUACAGCUUCAUAUGCACCAGAAGGAGAUGAAGAAAUCCAUGCCACAGGGUUCAACUAUCAGAAUGAAGACGAGAAAGUGACUCUUUCUUUUCCCAGCACACUUCAGAAAGGGAUGGGAACAUUAAAGAUAGAUUUUGUUGGAGAAUUGAAUGACAAAAUGAAAGGAUUCUAUCGAAGUAAAUACAUCACCCCUUCCGGAGAUACUCGGUUUGCUGCUGUUACCCAAUUUGAGGCCACUGAUGCUCGCAGGGCCUUUCCUUGUUGGGAUGAGCCAGCUAUCAAGGCAACUUUUGAUAUUUCAUUGGUGGUUCCUAAAGACAGAGUAGCUCUGUCAAAUAUGAAUAUCACUGAUCGGAGGCCCUAUCCUGAUGAUGAAAAUCUGGUAGAAGUGAAAUUUGCUUGUACUCCUGUGAUGUCAACAUAUCUUGUUGCUUUUGUGGUCGGAGAAUAUGACUUUGUUGAGACCAGGACCACUGAUGGUGUAUUAAUCCGUGUUUACACUCCUGUUGGCAAAGCAGAACAAGGGAAGUUUGCAUUAGAGGUUGCUGCUAAAACUUUGCCUUUUUAUAAGGACUACUUCAAUGUUCCUUACCCUCUUCCUAAAAUUGAUCUUAUAGCUAUUGCAGACUUUGCAGCAGGUGCCAUGGAGAACUGGGGCCUUGUUACUUAUAGGGAAACUGCACUGCUAAUUGAUCCCAAAAACUCUUGUUCUUCCUCUCGUCAAUGGGUAGCCCUUGUUGUGGGCCAUGAACUUGCUCACCAGUGGUUUGGAAACCUCGUGACUAUGGAAUGGUGGACUCACCUGUGGCUCAAUGAGGGCUUUGCAUCCUGGAUUGAGUACCUUUGUGUAGACCAUUGCUUUCCAGAAUAUGAUAUCUGGACUCAGUUUGUAUCUGCUGAUUACACAAGAGCUCAGGAGCUUGAUGCAUUAGACAACAGUCAUCCUAUUGAAGUCAAUGUAGGCCAUCCAUCUGAAGUGGAUGAAAUAUUUGAUGCAAUUUCUUACAGCAAGGGAGCAUCAGUAAUUCGAAUGCUACAUGAUUAUAUAGGUGAUGAGGAUUUCCGAAAAGGAAUGCACCUGUAUCUUACCAAGUUUCAGCAUAAGAAUGCUUCUACAGAAGAUCUUUGGGAAAGCCUAGAAGACGCUAGUGGUAAACCUAUUGCUGCUGUGAUGAAUACAUGGACCAAGCAAAUGGGUUUUCCACUGGUAUACGUAGAAGGGGAGCAGCAAGAAGAUAACAAAGUGCUGAAGCUAGUCCAGAAGAAAUUCUGUGCCAGUGGACCAUAUAGUGGGGAAGAUUGCCCUUUGUGGAUGAUUCCCAUUACCAUUUGUACAAGUGAUGAUCCAAUCCAUGCCAAAAUGCAAGUAUUAAUGGACAAGCCUGAGUUAACUUUAGUUUUGAAAGAUGUGAAACCAGAGCAAUGGAUUAAGCUAAAUCUGGGAACUGUGGGAUUUUAUCGGACACAAUACAGUCCUGACAUGCUGGAGAGUUUACUUCCAGCUAUCCGUGAUCUCUCCUUACUCCCUGUGGACAGACUAGGGCUGCAGAAUGAUCUCUUUUCCUUGGCCAGAGCUGGAAUUAUUAGCACUGUAGAGGUUCUAAAAAUCAUGGAAGCUUUUGUGAAUGAGCCCAACUAUACUGUCUGGAGCGACCUAAGCUGUAACCUGGGGAUUCUCUCAACUCUCUUGUCCCACACAGACUUCUACGAAGAAAUUCAGGCAUUCAUCCGUGAUAUCUUUUCACCAAUAGGAGAAAAACUGGGCUGGGACCCCAGGCCUGGUGAGGGUCAUCUAGAUGCACUUCUGAGAGGUUUAGUUUUGGGCAAGCUUGGAAAAGCUGGACACAAGGCAACUUUGGAAGAAGCUCGGCGACGGUUUAAAGAUCAUGUGGAAGGGAAGCACAUCCUGUCUGCUGAUCUAAGGAGUUCUGUAUAUGUAACUGUUUUGAAACAUGGUGAUAGUAUAACCUUAGAUACUAUGCUAAAGCUCCACAAGCAAGCUGAUAUGCAGGAAGAGAAGAACAGAAUAGAACGUGUACUUGGUGCAAUAUCGCAACCAGAGUUAAUACAGAAAGUUCUUACUUUUGCACUUUCAGAAGAGGUACGUCCCCAAGACACAGUAUCUGUCAUUGGUGGAGUUGCAGGAGGCAGCAAGCAGGGCAGAAAGGCUGCCUGGAAGUUCGUCAGAGACAAUUGGGAGGAACUAUACAAUCGCUACCAGGGGGGAUUCUUAAUAUCCAGACUAAUAAAGCUAUCAGUGGAUGGAUUUGCAAUUGACAAAAUGGCUUCAGAAGUUAAGGCUUUUUUUGAGAGUCAUCCAGCUCCAUCAGCUGAGCGUACCAUACAGCAGUGCUGUGAAAACAUCCUGUUGAAUGCUGCAUGGCUGAAGCGUGAUGCUGAAAAUGUCCAUCAGUACCUCCUGCAACGCAAAGUCUCACCAACUGCUGUGUGAGCCCACUCUCAUCCACCUCGGACAUCCCAGCUGCUGCGGCCCAACUGCCUCAGCGUGAGGAGGAAAAGCUGCUAUUCAACAGUUGAAUAAUGCGCCAAGGAAAUUGGAGUUUUUUCUCACACCAAUGGGGACUGGACAUUGAAUGUAGUUUAACAGUUCCUGCUCAACUCCAGAACUAAAUUCUAAUAAAAAAAAUUUAUCAAAAUUUUAGCAACAAAGAAAAAAAUAUACAACCACCCUGUAAAUAUUAUAGUAAUAAAAUAGAGCAUAACAAAACUGUGAAACGUCCUUAAGGCUUGUCAGUGGUCAAAAUAUUUAAUACACUCUCCCCUUAUACUUUCUGAUGAUUUUUUAACCAUCCCUUUCCCUUUUUUUCUAAAAAACAAAAUACGAAACCAGAGGUUUCGUGGCAAUUUGAAUGUUAUAGCAAGUCAAGGGCAGGAGUGGGUUUCGCCUCUGAGUGCAUCUGAAAACACACUGAAAGGCAGCAAAAGCACUUACAAGUUGUGUGGAAUGGUCCAAUUAUGAAAGACAGCUUGGUAUAAACUUUAAGUGUAGUCUUUAGCUGAAGGUUCUAGGAAACCACACAUGAUCUUGGUUCAAAUUUUAAAAGCUUAUAAGACUCCCUUGUUUCAUAUUUUGAGAAGGAGAAAAUAAAAUAUUCCUUGUCUGUCUUUUCUCCUUUUUUGUUUCAUUUGCUAAUAUUCUCAAAAAUUGCAAACUUGUAUAGAAACAUGUUUCUCAGCCACAUUAAAAUGAAAUUAUUCCCCCCCCAUCCCCUUCUGUCUUUCUUUAUAUUUUACUCCUGCAUGCAGAUAAGAUUUAGUAUUGUAAUUUGGAUCUUUCUGGGCCACUGUAAGGUCCCACCUCACCGAAUGCAUAACCAGUAGUUUGAAAAAGGUGUUCUGUUUCAAAAACAAAACAUUGCCCUAACACCUUGUGAUUGUAGCUUUCCAUUCUACUGUAUUUGGUAAUGUUUUGUAAUUUGAUUCAGAAGCCUUAAACUUACACUAGUUGGCAUGAUGAUAAAUAUCUAAGGUUUCUGCCAUCAGUUGCUUAAGAAAAUAGCAUGUUACUGCUUACCAAUUUCAUAUCCAACAUCACUCCUUGCUCAAAUGUUUACAGUUCCCUUUUUUAAAAUACUUUUUUUUUUAAUUCAUACCUGACGUGGCUUUAAUUGUUAAUUGGAGAAGGUCAUCAGACACUAGAUGUCAAAUUGCUUCUCUGGAAACACAUUUUUGUGCUAUUGUUUUAAAUGAAAAACAAGAAAAAAUUAAAACAAGUUGGCGUUAAUAAAAAGGAAAGUCAAUGUGAAAUUAAAGAGUCUUGGUUUUGGUGUGUGUAUAUUGGCAAAAUGAGAUUUUUAUUUUUUUGUACACAGCCUCUAUACAUGACCAUGGCUGUGAAACAGUUGAAAUGGAUUGUGGUAUAUGAGUUUCCCUCUUUAUUUUUAAUUGCAACUGCAUUUUGGUGUGUUUUUCUUCAAAUUUGGAAAUGGACCUGGGCUUAGUUCAGGACAAUGUACUCAGCAUUAACACAUUUGACUUGCUGGACCACUUCCUACAUAGGCCCACUGCUUUUGUACAGCUUACAUCCAUUGCAGUAGAACUUGUUACUAUAAAAAUCCAAAAUUGAUUAUUCCUUGCCCUUUUUUAAUUACUGGGGGGGGGAGAUAUUUGUGAAUUUAUUUUAUGCAAUUGAUGUUCAAUACAGGGGAGCUUAUAUAUGAGGGACAUUUAGAUUGGAUUCAGACAUAAACUUUAGUUAUAUUUAGAUCUUACUGAAAUAAAUGGUACCUAAAUUAAACUGUGGCUAUCAUGUGCCAUUGAUUUUGGUGGGACUUAAAGUCAACUAAGCAUGACAAUAGCCCUUUAACCUUUUUUUUAUUAAAAAAAAUAUGUAACUCUAAUACAAAAAUGUGGCUGAAAAACCAUCUUAGAUUUAAAUUUAGACCAGCUAUCUUUCAGGUCAGUGUUCUAUAUAGUUAAUCUAUUCUGGCUCCCAACUAAAGUAAUUGCUGACUGUUUUGCAGUCGUUCUAGGGAAAAUGAAUCUCAGUUUCUGCUGCUGUUCAGUGGUGUAUACAGCUAUAGUGUAACAUUUUAUGAAACAAGUAGUAUUAUGAAAGCCCUAGCCUUUUAGGAUAGAACAUGUACACAUUUUAGUUCGAUAACAAUUUCUACAGGUUGAUGUUUUACUUUUGAUGUAUUGAAGAUAAUAUUCUUAAUAUAUGUUGUUCACCACACACAUAAUCAAGCAAAGCAUGAUUAGGAAAGUUUCUGUUUAGCUACUUAGUUUUUCCAAGACUUAAGGAAUUGAGAAGAAGGUUAAGUUUAUGCUGAAGUAUAGGGAUUUCUUGAGAUGUAAUUUCUAUGAUCUCUCAGUGAUAGGACAUUGUUACUUUGAAAUAUGACAACAGCCUGGUAUGGAUAUGACAGAAAACUCUCAAUUCUUUCCUCUCCUUUUCAGCUGCUGUUUUUCACAUAGUUCUGAAACAUGUACAUUCUAAGUUAACUACUUUCUUAAUAAUGCUCUAAACUGGUUGUACCAUACUGAAGUAUAACAUGGUAAAAAUAGGCCAGGUACUGUUUGUGGCUUGGAUCCUAAGAAAUAAAGAAGUGGAAGUAAAAGGUGUGUAUAUAUAUAUAUCAUGUAAAAUACGUUAACAGGCCUAGAAAAAUAAGGGUGGGGGAGGAAACUCCAACCCUGAGAAAAUUAAAAUGUGACAAAAA